CAGCUAACUAUGCAGUUAGUUAUUUACGUAUAUCCAGUACGUGUACUUAUAAGUCUGUGUCAGAGUGAGAGAACUGUCAAAAGGUACAUAAGAGCCUAACGUGACAACACCUACAUCUAACUCUUGAUUAACCCUGGUGUGCGUUAUGGAGACGGCGUUGUGCACUAUUGCUGUGUUGUUUACUGUGUUGGGCCAUAUAGAUGGUUGGCUAUUCUCAUUUGAAUAUCCAACAGAGAAUGUCUCAGACUCUGUGUGCUACGAUCGUCUGGGUUGCUUUGACAACCAGCCUCCCUUUGAUGAGGGUCAUUUACCUGCCUCGCCUGAAGAGAUAGGCGUUGUCCUCUACCACUACUGGGCAGAUACCCCACAUAAUGGUCAUGUUAUAAAGAGAGAGAUUCCCAUGCCGGAUUUCCGGCUUCCGGAGAAUUACAACUCGUCCCUUCCGGUUACAGUGGUCAUCCAUGGCUAUAAUGAAGACAUGUACAGUCCACAUCUCCUGGCUUUAGUCGGAGAGUUGGCUUUCCAGGGUACAGUAAACGUGGUGGCAAUCGACUGGGGGGAAGGAGCCCACGUGUUAUAUGACAAAUCGGCAGCCAACACCCGCGUGGUAGCAGCUGUGGUUACCGUGUUCUUAAGAAGACUAUUUGAGGAUGGCUUUAUUGGUCCAGAGUCCGUUCAUUUGAUUGGCUACAGUCUGGGUGCCCAUGCCGCCGGCUAUGUCGGCCAGUCUAUCCCCGACAUUGGCCGUAUAACAGGCCUCGACCCUGCCGCACCCUUAUUCCAAGCCAUUCACACCGAUGUCAGACUCGACUCCAGCGACGCCCUCUUCGUGGACGUCAUCCAUACCAAUGGCGCUCCACUAUUCGAACUAGGUUUUGGAAUACAUUAUCCCAUGGGUCAUGCCGAUUUUUACCCUAAUGGAGGCAAACGCCAGCCUGGUUGUGAGAGUGCGUGGGACCGACUUUUAUCACUGAUUACAGGUUCACGUUCAGACUUGGCAUGCAGCCAUCGAAGAGCUGUUGAAUUAUUUACGGAGUCUAUUCACUCCCCUUGUGAGUUCAGGUCUGAACUGUGUCCUUAUAACAGUAUAAGUCAUAAUUACUGCACGCCGUGCCAAGGUGAUGACUGUGUUUCCAUGGGUUACCACGUGAACCGAACAUUGCGAGGAACGUUUUACCUGACAACUGCUGUGGAAAGACCGUUCUGUGUGGAAUGAACGGAUAAACACAUUAGCGCUCGGGUAAACGGAAAGAAUGCUGUAAAUAAAUA